AUGUCUAUCAGAGGCCUCCCAGACGAACGUCCCCGUCCAAGCGUUGCCAACCUCAUCGGGCGAUUCGAACAACGCGCUAACAAACGUCAAUCCUCUGUCGGUGCGUCUGCCUCCCCGACGGGCUCACCAUCACCUUCCCGCUCGACAAGUGCGAUUAGCACCAAUACGGGUGAUGCUGCGCAGAUUGAGGUGAAGGAGAAGAGGGAGUGGCCGCCUAAGUCACCUUUUCCUACGACUACGACUGGGACUACGACUACUGGUGAUAAAGACAAGGAGAAGGAGAGCGAGUUCACAGCUGCUGCUGUGAGCAAGCUGGAGAGGAGUGGGCUGGUUAGUACGGGAGGUAUUGGUGCUUCUAGCGUAGGGUCCCCACCACCACCACCAUCGUCAGCGGCAUCGGAGAAGCAGCAGGAUGAGGUACCGUCGUCGUUAUCUGCGUCGGUGGAGAGUAUCGCAAAGUCUGCUCCGGAGGCUACGUCGAACUCAAAUACGCAAGACAACUCGGUAGUUGAGGUGGAGUCUAACAAGGCGAAGGACGUGCAGACGACGCCUGCACGCGCUACGGCUACAGGCAAGAUAACGACGAGCAAGAGUACGCCUGCGAGUACUAAUACUACAUCUCCAAAUAACUCGGCUUCGCGUACUACUACGGCGCGAAGUAGUGUAGCUGGCAGACCUUCUACUGUCAAGUCACCAACUUCAACACCAAACAAACCUUCUUCAACACCUUCUGCGAAGCCGCUUUCUGCUCAACGGACGGGAACUUCAACAGGUUCUGGUGGUGCUUUACGGCUUGGUGCAAAGAGCCCGCCUACCUCAACUACCUCUGCACGCGCAAAAACGCCUACAGCGCCUCGCGCCUCCACCUCAGGCUCUCUCUCUAAAUCUACUCGAGCAAAGACACCAACAGCAUCCCCCGCUUCUCGCGCAAAGACUCCCACCGCUCACCCACCUCCACCUCCACCUCACAACCCAACAAGACCAAAAACACCUUCAUCAGGUCUAUACGCCCCAACAAAAGCCUCACUCGCCAAAGCCCGCAAUGCAGAUGCACACCCACCAGUACCGGUACAGAAGGCGAGUGUACCGAGUGGUUCGUUGGAGAGGUUGAUGAAGCCUACUGCGGCGAGUAAGUCGAAGGUUAGGGAGACGCCUGUUAGUCCGCCGCGUGCGAGUACUGCUGUGAAGAGGGGUGGUGCACCUACGACUGCUGCUGGUGCGACGACGAGAGGUGGGAGUGGGGGUGUGAAGCCUCGUGUUGGGUUGGCGCCUGCGAGGAUGAAGACGGAGAGGGAGAAGAAAGGAAAGGAGGAGGGAGUGAAAAGAGGGAAGAGCGCCGUAGCUGAAACUACUGCUGGGGAUUUGGGGAAGGCUGUAGCUGCGGUGACGAGCGGAGACGAGUCGAUUUCACUCGAUCAUUCUGUUCAUUCUAUCUCUACGACUUCCGAGAACGAGAAUGUCUUAUCGGAAGGGACACCGUCUCACCUCUCACAAUCACAAUCGCAGUCAGAACACGAAACCGAGGAAGACGAAGACGAAAAGAAACGCUUAGAAAGAGAACGAGAGAUACCCUCCGAUAUCGAGAGCUACGACGACGCGUUUGCGUCUGAUGACGAGGACAAUGAGAAGAAGUUGGAGUUGUUGGAUAGUGCGCGGAUCGUCUCUUUGAAACCCCGAGAGGAAGAGGGGGAAGUGGAGGGCGUGUCGUUUGAUGCAGUGGUGAAUGAAGAGGUUGAGACUGGGGUUUCUUCCGUUAUUGAAGAGGGUGCGGGUGCUGAGGAACAUGAGCACGUUGAGUCAGAGGUUGAAGAACCGAAGCAAGGCUCAGUAGCAGAAGCGGAAGCAGGAACAGAAUCACCAGCUCAUGCAGAGUCAGAGCCAGAAAACACACCUGCAGUCGAAAUAUCCGUUCCCACCACCUCCUCCCAACCCGAGACCGAAGUCGAACUCGAGGUCAACAAUAAUAAUACCGAGGAUGCGUUCGCGAACGGCGGUGCUGCUACACCCACACCUACCUCACUCACUCACAAACAUACCCUUAACGGAGGAAUUGGAGGAACGGGAACGGUGGUGCCGGAAACGGAAUUCGACAACGUGUUAGACAUGUUAGCUGUCAAACCUCCCAUGAAGAGUUUGUCGCUUGGGGAGAUACCUGAUGAAGAAUAAGAAUAAGAAUAAGAAUGAAAGACUGCGAAAUUGGUUUUGAGUAGAGAAAUGAGUUUUUUUCAAGCUUGUAGAACCUCCUCUUCCUCUUUGGCG